AGCGUGCGGACCACGCCGGUCGUCCUUUGAGCCGUGUGCGUGGUAUUUUGCUGUGCAGCUACAAAGCGAACUCGCCGUCUUUGCGCCGCUUUGCGUGACUGCUCAUGGAAGCUCGCCGUCGCCUGUCCCUUGAAAUUGUGCGUUAAUUGCGUCGAAUAUGGCAGCUCAAAAUGAGGAGAGCUGCCAAAGCAAAGAGCGCACGACUUGGACAGACGAGGAGACGCGUGCGCUGAUUAAUAUAUGGGAAGAUGUGUUGCCAGAUCUGCGCGGUGCCAAAAGAAAUCUGAAGGUGUAUAUGGCCAUCUCUGAACUGCUCCGUGCAGUGGGAAUCGUGAAAAGCACGAAGGAAGUAAAGAAAGAGAUCCAGAACAUGAGCAACAAAUACAGGUAAAAGCUGAUUUAUAUUCUACUUAACAGCGUCAUUGUACAUCUGUUUUACUUGAGGCAGCUGAAUUAUUUCAUGUAUUCGUCGUCUCUUGUUAUGUCGGACUCUUUUGUUGGCAUUUGUGUUUGUCCCAAAGCUGCACGUGGGCCACUAAAGAAGGCAUUGUGAACAUUCCCGGAUUAAUUUUGACCACCUGGGGUUCCCUAACGUUCAAUGGCGUUGUACAGCGCUCGCACGUUUUUGCAGUUCGCCAUAUAAAAGCAGGAGUAACUGACGGGAUUCGAUUGUGGCUCAGCAGCCGAAAGCCAAAGCGGCGAGUCAAAAAUUGCUUGUUGUCGCAGCAGUUACGCCACAGAAUUAACAUUUUCGGUCUGCUUCAUUUCCCCUAACUACAAAGAAAGUAUUGCGUUUGUGCAUUGCAGCAAACUAUGGCGUCAUUUUGAAAAAUUCUAUUUCAGGCUACUGACCAGGACAGGAACGAAGACCGGGUCUGGCGGAAUCCAAUGGAAGUUUUACUGGGACAUCCACCGGUUCCUUGGAUCGCUGCCAGCCAAUGAUUCCACCCUCAUGGAGGAAAGUGGAUGUAGUGCCAUUGAUGGCACCUCUCCAGAGGAGCUGUUCAAUGGCAUGGUGCGCGGUGGAGUGGGCCAGCCCCCAGACACACCUACUGACUCACUUUCUGAGCGAAGCUCAGAGUGUCACGAGGUGGAAGCCUCACCACUGGAUUCUGGCACUGAAGAGGAACCUGCGGCCCCUACAGCAACAGCUGCAAAGAAAAAAAGGCUGGCUCCUCCCACAAGACUGCUUUCAGAAUUGUUGGAGGAGCAGCGUCAACUGCGCUGCUCACUAGAGCGCCACAGAACCGAGACUGUGGCAAUACAAAGGGGGCGGCUCGAGAUCCUGAAGCGGAGCGAAGCUCGGGAAGACAAGCUACUAGAAAUAAUGCAAAAAAUGUAUGAAUAAAUAAUUGAUGCCAAGCAUGGUGUGUGCCCUUGCAGUCCUUUUUUUAUUGGCGUGACAACUCAAAUGUACAUUUUAAAUAUUUUUUAGCCAGAUAAUGGCAACAUGGCUUUUGAAGCUUGUUGGUUGAUGGUCUGAAAAGCAAACUAGCCCAGCGGAGAACAAGACAAUAGAAUGCAGACACGCUGCACGAGCGCUCUCACUGCGAGUUGCCAUUCUGUUGCGCUACAGUUCGUUUUCCAGGUAAAGACGGAGCUCUGCUCUCGUUGACAUCCUCGUAUCCUUUUUUACUGUCCUCUGUCUGUGCCUUGGGUUGGGCUUUAUUUUUCAAGUCAUGUCACACCAAAACUGCCACAUUAGUCGAACAGCAAGAUGUAGUAGUUGUCUUUAAAAAAAACAUAGUGACACAGUCACAAAUGCCUGCUUCGCUUCAGCUUGGUUCCUAUUGCACUCAGUCAUGGCGCGUGCUGGGCCUCUUUCCAAAAAUAACUUGCUAGGGCGUGCCUUACCUCUUGCCCUCCCCCACUGCACUCUCCUGUGUUGCGUGAUGGCUGUGCAUACAAGUCCAAUGCACGUGCCUCACUUUCCCACUGGGGCUCUACACUGUCUUUCAUUGCCUCACAGAUUUUGUGAAGUACACAAGCAGCUCGAAUAGCCAGUUUGGCCUUGUUCAGCCGGCAAUCCAUCCUCUUCAUCACAAAGCGAAAGCGUGCCUUUAGCCUCCCGAAACCAUUCUCGACAAUCCUCCAAGUCUUUGAAAGAUUGUAGUUGAACACUGCUUCACGGCUUCCAGGCUGAGCAUUUGGAAAUGGCUUUUGCAGGUUCGGUGACAAGGGAAAUGCCUGAUCACACAAAAGAAUCGGUGGAACACUGGUGCCUUCUAUCAUUGCCAUGGGAGAGCUGAAGGUCCCAUUCUCGAUUAGCGUAUGCAGCUUCGAUCGGCCAUAAACACUGGCAUCAUGACACCUUCCGGGA